GACCGUUAAGCGCAACAGUUGCGAGCCAAUUGAAGUAGCGCCUAAAAACACCAAUUAUUUUUAAGUGUUAAAAAAAGUAUUUGAAAGUUUUAAAGUUUAAAUUCGAAAUUUGUUUACAGUUGUGUAGUGUGGCUUUGAAAUUAAAAAAAAAUUAUUAGCUUUCGCAGCAGAAGCCAGUGGCUGCCAAAUGUUUAUUGUUGUUCAUUGUUAAGUAGCCAGUGCUGUGCAUUUAAAGUUAUGGCCGUUAGGCGCUAAGUCAGAGUGCUUAAUAAAUGUGUUAAUUAAAAUUAAAAAAAUAAAAAUCUGCAAAUUAAUUAGUGAGACAUCAUUUUCGAAAGCUUCGCAUAACUAAAGAGUCCCGUAAUUAAAGUAAUCCAAGCAGCCCAUCUCAAUUAGAAAAUGCAUUGAAAUCACUAUCUUUGCACCAAUGACUAAAUGAAAUUGAUUAAUUUCGCAGUGGAAAAAUACGGUUCCGCUAUAAAUUUUUAGUGAGUGCAGUGGAAGAUGUUGAUAUUUGUGUUGCGCUACUUCUUCGUUUAUUGGAUAUUGCUGGGUGGCAGUGCCAGCGAAGAAUCGCUUUUACGUGAGUUAAAUUUGGAAUUGAAAGACUUCCCCACAACUUCGUGUAGAUUGCAUUGCAUGCAUCGCUUACGAAAAACGAAAUACGAAGGCGACUUGACGGAGCGACAUAACAAUUGGGCGGAUCAAUCGUGCACCGACCACUGUACAAGGGAAAAUGCUACAACUUCCGCGCAAUCGGAUAAGUAUCAGUUUACACAUACUCGCUAUCGCAUGAUAUUAGUCUGUCGCGACGACACUAGCUUGACAUUUCGCAUUGUACACGUACGCAGUGUUGGAAAUGAAGACACAGCUAAGAUUGUAGAAGGUGAAAGUGAAGAAGGUGCAAGUGUUGUAACACAAAGGGCUGCAACGGAAAAGAAAUAUAGGAGCAUUAUAUUAAAUAGCGAGGAUGAAGAUCCCACCAUGUUUACUUUGCCGAUGAGCAUGGGUAAUGCCACGGCGCCGCAAAUGCAGACAACAAUGGCAAAUCCCAACAUUGACACCGGACAAGUGAGUGAGCCCGCAGAAGCGAUUUAUAUGAUUAAAGUACAAAGUGGCACAAACGCGACUAUUUAUAUGUUCAAUGAGAACUUUUUCACAAUAGAUUAUCUCCAAAAUUCCACCACCUAUACAAUUUCCGCUUUGGCGGUGAAUGCUAAACAUCAAUAUGCCGUCGUGGCUAGAGCGCAGGAAUAUUCGACUUUACAGCAAGACUAUACGCCGGGCUUUGUCGGUGAUAUGCAAUUGGAACGCUUUUUGCCCGACUAUUCAAAUGAAAGGCAACUUUUGGCGGAAAUCACUUGGCAGCCAGCUGAAGACAGAACAUGUUACUACCUUAUACUCUACUUCGAUGAAUCCGGGUCUGAUAUGACAUCUAUGGAAAUACGUAAUCCUCGACAAUUGUACAUACAUACUUUGGAGAAUUUAACCUUUUCGGCUGUGUACAAGGUUGGUAUAAUCGCCCAGAAUGCGCACAAUGCCGCCAAGGAAAGUGAAAUGAAGUGGUUAAUGAUACAGACGCCGUCGUGUGCGAAGUGGUACAACUACAAUUUCAACAUUUGCCCACCAUUUGCACCCAAAGGAUUAAAAGUUAAGCGUAAAUAUGUUAGGGGAAAUGUUUACUCGCUAUAUAUUAGUUGGAAAAAGGCUGAGCAUGCGAUAAGCUACUAUGUAAUAAUGGUUGUGGAUCGUAUAGGUGUUGGACGUGAUUAUAAAUUUAAUGUUAGUAAGGACAGCACAGCAUUUACAAUAGAAGAAAUCGAACUGAAUGGUACACUCUACGAUGUGCAUUUGAUUGCCUGCACGCCGGGUGGCAACAGUUCCACGCUUCUGCAAGAGGUCAACAGCCAAACUGUGCUUUUGCCGGAUAAGAGCACAAAUAUUGCCUUAUUAGUCAUCGGCGGGCCAGUCGGACUCAUCAGCAUUAUCAUCAUGUGGAUCGUCCUCCAUUAUCGGUGCGCAAAAUAUAGAAGACAUCAGAAGCGUUGCGAAUAUUUUCAGGACCUUGAAAAUAAAGCGCCUAUCGAUCCAAAGGGGACAUUUGACUUUCCAGCGAAAACUUUGCUCACCUCACCGGAGGACCUGACACAGUUUCAGUUGGAUCUUGAGGAGAAAAUAUUUUUCAACGAUGCCAUGGAAAUCGACCGCAGCGAUAUUACGUUGCACGAAAUUCUGGGCGAAGGCGCAUUUGGCUUGGUGCGGCGUGGCAUAUACAACGAUGGCAAGUCGGGAGUGCGCGAAGUGGCUGUCAAAAUGUUGAAAGAUCGUCCUUCGGCCGAUGAUGUGCGCGCUUUUCGGCGUGAAAUCGAAGUAAUGAAAUCGGUGGAGCGGCAUCCGAACAUUGUUGGCAUCAUCGGGCAUUGCACAAAGCGUUACAAUGAAAUGCUCUUGCUGACGGAAUACUGCAGUUUCGGCAAUUUGCUGGAUUUUUUAAGAGAUGAAUGGAAAUAUUUGUACGACAUGAAUGUAAAAUGCAGCAGUGCCUCAAUAAAUCGGAUGUGCAGCCGAUUGGGUCGAAACGGCGUCAAAAAACACCAGAGGCGUGGGCGCCGCAGCGUUUCGCAAACGCAAAGACGCAAUCGUAGCGAUAGCAACAGCAACAGCCAACGCACCUCCAUUGACCGUAGCUACACCAGCAGAAGCGGCGGUUGUGGCACCGAGGAGGGUGGUGGUGGUGGCGGUGUUGCUAAGGUUUUCAGCAUUGACAGCAACAUCAUUGAGCGACUCAAGUUCAAAUAUAAAAAUCUAAACGCGCUACACCAGCGAAAUAGUCUUACAACAGCAACAACAACAACCCUCUAUCGGCCCACAUAUGAUAUAUCCGCGGCGACUACGGUAACAUCGAUCGCCACCAUAAAUGACAGCACGCCGCCGCCGCCACCCACGCCGCUGAUGUCGCCACACUCCAUUGCCGCAGACAACAAAUCGUACGGAUACGAGGAAAUCUGUUGCAACUCAUGCAAGAGUAACAAGUGUGCAAUAAAAAACACGAAAGUGCUUAACGGUACCACUGUGAGUAGUGAGGCGGCAAUGCAACAGUUUGACAACGAGCACACAGAGCAGCAGCAAAAAGAGGGUCACUACACGCAUGCGAGAAAUUGUGAAUGCCAGCAAAAUUUAUUGAAUGAGGGUCACGCAAAAGCGCAACAACAACAACAACAAGCCGCUAACGACAGUGCGCGGAAAUCGGCCGGUGCGGUGGAAAAUAAAUCAUAUUUUCGGUUUCUACCUGAAAUCGUGAGUGAGGCGGCAUUGCGCCAACGUCAGUGGCAAAGGCGUCAAGCACGUGCUGCGGCACGCAACAGGGCGCUGGCUUUGUCGCCUACCGAAAACAGCACAACUACUACAGUCACCAGCGCUGCAACUACCACCGACAAUUUCGACCAUGAUGGCUUGAGCGGAACUGUACGCCGUCAGCCUUUAAGCACCGCCGAUCUCCUGGAUAUUGCGCGACAGGUUGCGGUUGGCAUGGAAUUUUUAGCAAAGAAUAAAGUGGUUCACCGUGACUUGGCUGCACGGAACGUGCUCGUCGCACCAGAUCGCACCAUUAAAAUUGCUGACUUUGGCCUGAGCCGUGACAUUUACCAGGAGAACGUUUAUAAGAAAACCGGAAAUGGGAAAUUGCCCAUCAAAUGGCUGGCCUUGGAAUCAAUGACUCACCAGGUGUACACGACGCAGAGCGAUGUUUGGUCGUAUGGCAUACUGCUUUAUGAGAUUGUGACACUCGGCGGCACACCGUACCCCUCAAUACCGACGCAUCGGCUAUUGCAUCUGCUGAAAACCGGCUACCGCAUGGAGAAGCCAAGGAAUUGCGGACCUGAAUUCUACAACCUCAUGUACGCCUGUUGGAAUGUAAAUCCUGGUGAGCGCCCUACUUUCAGUGAAAUUAUUAAAAUUCUUGAAGAUUUCAUGGUUGAUGAGCCGGAACGACAAAUCGAGACUGUAUUGGGUGUGCCGAACUUGGAGUGCAUUGAACAGUACAGCCCUAAAGACAGUCAAUACCAACAACAACAGCAGCAACAGCAAAAGCAACAAGUUCAAGAGCAACCUCAAGAUAAUGAUGAAAUGUUGGAUACGUCGAAUAUGGACGACUCCUAUUUAAAGCCAUUGUAGUCGUACUAAAUCGGCUUGAGUGAAGUCUUGGAAAUUGGGAGUACAAAAGUUAUACAAAGCAUUUACAUACAUACAUGCAUUAUAUAUACGUACUUAUAUACAUUGUUAAGUAUUUGUGGCCGAUCAAGAAUAAAAGACACAUUUCUAACAUUCUUGGAACCGACAUGCAUAUGGUACGACACAUGUAUGUGAGUAUGCCUGUACCUAUGCGUGGAGGACUAAAACUUAGCAUUAAUAAGGAAUUGAAGUGCACUUUAGUUAUGUAUACUAUAUAUCUAGAAAUGAGAGAAGCCAAAGGUUCUUCAGCAAUAAAUGAUUGUACACUCGUACGCCCACACAUACAAGUAUGUCCUGUACACAAAUGAGCCACAGUUAAAUUACUUCAAAUUUAGUACAACUAUUCGGCAAAUUUUAUUUAGAUUAGAAAAAAAUUUGAAAUUAAAUCUCAAAGCAAAACACACAACAUGUUAUUUGACAUACGAUCUGUGCAUUACAACUCUCAGCAGCUGUCAUUAGCGAGAGACCAAUGAAAAGUUCUGCGAUUUGAAUUAAGCAAAAGUUUACAUUUUUUUGUUUUAUUUCUAAAAAGUAUCAUACCGUCAUCAAAAAGUUCUUACAAGUUCAAACCAAUUUUGUUCAUUAAAAAUUUCUCAACGACUUCUAAACUUCUUAUUUUUUUGUUGAAAUCGAUGCUUGGUUUUUGACCAUAUCGAAGAAAAUAAAUAAUAACAAGUCUGGAACUUCCAACGUUGUUGAGUUUUUAAAAUGUCAUCAUCGCCAAAGCACUCAUCGCUUCGUCAGAUGUUAGGAUUGGAUUCAGUUUAGAUUCGGUUAGUGGAUAUUCGAUGAACUAGAGCCCAAAAAAUAUUAAUCGGAUUACUCUAAAUGGGUAGGGAAUGAAUAAAGUCUUCUUUAUAAAGGGUUUUUUUCGAUACAUAUGUAUGUGGUCUUCAAGAAGUAAUAAAACGCAUAUAAUUGAAGGUUAUAGCCAAUAAUUUAGCUUUAUUAUAAAUAUAAGGGUUUCCGAUGAUAUUUUAAAAAUGAUUUCGGGCAAGUGACCGCCGUGACUGUUUCGAAUAAAUUCCAGCCAAGAGACCAAAUUUUCGACCACUUUUUGCAGCAAUUGAGGCCGCCGAAAAUAACGCGCCGAUUAUUCUCUUCCACAGCGUUAAUCAUCGCGGACUUAUCUGCGAAGAUAAGCGACUUCAUAUGACCCCACAAAAAAUAGUUCAGCGAUGCUAAAUCGCACAAUCUUGAUCACAUGCCGAAAUAAUGCGCUCUCUAAUAGUUUACUUUAAACGACUAAUGUAUGGAGGAAGACUCAACUUUGAAUCCCAACGAAAAUGUCCUAAACCGAAAACUAAAUUAUUGUUUUUGAACCGGAAUGGAUUUGGUAAAUAGGAUUCAAUACAACAGAGCCAUAUUCCAAUAUAGGUCUAGUUAUAACAAGUGUUUCAGUACCACACGGAGCUUUGAUUUUCUUAGACCAACGCUUAACAAAAUUGAAAAUAUGGUACAUUUUGCUUUCGAGACUAUGGUAUCAAUAUGAAGACUAAAAUUAAGCUUAGGGACCGUUUCUAUCACACCACGCAAGUUUAAGUCUGUUUGAAAUAGAAACCUUUCAUCAAUUGAAGGAUAUGAUUUAAAAAGCUUUAUGUGUCGGCAUAAAAUAAAAUAUUUGAGAAUUCUAUGACAGAAGAGAUGUCGUUAAUAAAUAACAGAACCUUGUGGAACACAAGAAGAAAAAUUAAUUGAAUCUGAAAGAGUAUCCUCAAAUAUCACUCGUUGUAUUCCAUUUUAAAGACAAGAAGAUACCCAUUAAAGAAAUCUUGGUUGAAAGCCCAGAAUAUCAAGUUCAUGGACGAGAGUCGAGAGAUUAACUUUAUCGAAAGCUUUGCUAAAGUCAGAGUAUAUAACAUGCGUAUGCUUGUGUUUAAAAUAGUCGACAAGUGAACCAGUUCUUUUGAAAUGUUUAAAAAUAGUUAUUUCCAAAGCAGGAUGAUAGGAGUCUUCAGGUAGAACAAGAGUUUUACUCUGGAUAACGAAACACUUUGAAGGGGUAUCAAUCGUAUACUAAAUCUAAGCAUUCACAAAAUCUAUUCCGAAUGAAAUUAAUUUAGUUCAGACCCUACUAGGACAUUUUUUCGAAAAAUUCGUGAA